UGUGUUGUGUUGUGUGUUAGUCUGUCCUGUCUGUGUUGUACUUGUGCUUGUGCAUUGAUCUAAGCACGGCAGAGGCUAACUUAUCAAAUUCUAUUCAGUUCAGAGCAUAGUACCUUAAUAUUGUAUCUUUUUUAGUUUCUUUUAGUAAUAUUUGAUCGUUUUCCGAGUAUGACGGUUCAAAAAAAUACUAAAUUAAGUGAAAACAUGUCUUACAAAACAUGGUGGAUGGUGUUUUCCACAGUGGUUAUUUGUUCUUUUUUAAGCCGUUUCUACAAAGUAGAUGAACCUGACCAUGUUUGUUGGGAUGAAACACAUUUUGGUAAGAUGGGGAGCUGGUACAUCAAAAGAACAUUCUUCUUUGAUGUUCAUCCACCACUUGGAAAGAUGCUGAUUGCACUAGCUGGCUUUCUAACUGGAUAUGAUGGAAACUUUCCUUUUGAAAAGCCUGGAGACAAAUAUGAGAACGUGAACUAUGUUGGAAUGAGAGUAUUCUGUACUUUUCUGGGAGCCUGCAUCCCGCCUCUAGGGUUUCUCACUGUGUGGGAGAUGACUACCUCCUUGGCAGCUGCUUCUUUUGCUGCUCUGCUCAUUCUUUGUGAUGUUGGCAUCCUCACUCUCACUCAGUAUAUUCUGUUGGACCCUAUACUGCUGUUCUUUGUGAUGGGAUCUACUUAUGGAAUGGCAAAAUGCCAUUGUGCCAACAACAAGCCGUUCUCAGUCCAGUGGUGGGCUUGGUUGGUCUUCACUGGAACAAUGAUAGCCUGUGCUGUCAGUGUCAAGUUUGUGGGACUGUUCAUUGUCCUUCUUGUUGGAUUUUGCACCGUUACGGAACUGUGGGAUAUCUUAGGAGAUAUCAGCAGACCUGUGACAUACACAGCCAAGCAUUUCAUCGCCAGAGUAAUUUGCCUCAUAAUUUUGCCAGCUUGCCUCUACAUGUCAUUUUUCUAUAUACAUUUGACAGUACUAAGCAAAAGUGGAAAUGGUGAUGGAUUUUACAGCUCAGCGUUUCAGUCCAAACUUGAAGGCAACACCUUACACAACGCAAGCAUGCCGAGAGAUGUGGCAUACGGAGCCGUAGUUACAUUGAAGAACCACCGUACAGGGGGUGGGUAUCUGCACUCCCACUGGCACCUUUACCCAGAGGGGAUGGGAGCGAGACAACAACAGGUAACCACAUACACUCACAAGGACGAGAACAACAAAUGGUUGAUAAAGAAGUACAACUCGGAUGUAGAAGUGGGCGAGGAAGAUGUAGAAUUGCUGAAGCAUGGGGAUCUAGUCAGGCUGGAACACGUUGUGACACGGCGGAACCUGCAUUCUCAUAGAGAACCUGCGCCUGUCACCAAGAAACACUUCCAAGUCACAGGCUACGGCGAGAAUGGUACAGGGGAUGCCAACGAUGUAUGGAUGGUUCAAGUUGUGGGUGGAGUUGAAGGAGAAGUCAUUCACACUGUUACCAGUAAACUGAGAUUUGUCCACUUCCUGCAACAUUGUAUUCUCACUACUAGCGGCAAACAAUUGCCAAAGUGGGCCUAUGAACAGUCAGAAGUUUCUUGUAAUCCAAAUCUGAGAGACAAAAGUGCUGUUUGGAAUGUUGAAGACAAUAUAUUUGCAAAAUUGCCCAAUGUCAGCUUUGAGGUUUAUGCACCAGGAUUCCUGGAGAGAUUCAUAGAGUCACAUGCUGUGAUGCUGCAGGGGAAUGCUGGCUUGAAACCCAAGGAGGGUGAAGUGACAUCCAGACCUUGGCAGUGGCCUAUAGACUACAGAGGUCAAUUUUUCUCAGGCAGCUCUUACCGCAUAUACUUGCUUGGUAAUCCUGUAAUAUGGUGGUGCAAUAUUGUAUUUCUGGUCAUCUUCCUCCUAGUUUUUCUAUGCAAUGCUGUAAAACACCAGCGAGGAUACCCUAGCCCUCCCCAUAUUGCAAUUUUAGAAGAGAAGAUGAUUGUCAGCAGUGAAUGGUUGUUCUUGGGCUGGUGUUUGCACUAUGUUCCGUUCUGGGCCAUGGGUAGAGUUCUGUAUUUCCAUCACUACUUUCCUGCAUUACUCUUCAGUUCAAUGCUAACAGGAGUUUUGAUUGGCUACGUAUUGGAAGUAAUGCCUUUUCUUCUCCCUGAGAGAAUAGCAGUAUCUAUAUAUCAUUGGCUGACAGGGGUCAUCAUAUCUGCCGUUGUUUACAGUUUUUACCUGUUCGCACCUCUGGCAUAUGGUAUGUCUGGACCUUCUGCUACUGAUCCCAACAGUACAAUGUAUGGCCUGCGGUGGAUGGAGUCCUGGGAGUUUUAAGUUUAUUUUUGUUAAAUCUAGAGAUCAUAUCACCAGACUGCAUAACUAGGAUGUAAAUGAUCUUUGAUACAAAACUUGUUACGAAUCAUGACUAAAAGCUUGUGGGCAACGUUAAAGGUGCAUAGACUGAACCACCAUUUCAUUCUACCUAUGUUACUUUCUGAUCAGUCCUUGUAUUACUCAGCCAAUCACAAAAUUAGGCUUUUAAAAACCAGAGGUUGACAUCCAUUGUUUGAGUCACUCAGAUCAAACACAUAUAAUCCUUUUGAUCCAUGCUGUGAGUGGAUAGAAAAGAUACGCUUCGUUGUCUCCCAUGACUUAAUCAGAGUUUAGGGCUUUGAUAGGACAUUUCUACUCAAAAUGAAUGAACUAAAAAGUUAAGUUUUAGGUCUGGCAGACCUUGGAUUUCUGGUGACUUCAUAAAAGUUAUUAUUUGUCUAUGAUCUAAGAUGAUUUGUCUACAUCCAAUAUUUCAUACUGUGGACAAAGGCUAUUAUUAUCAUUUAAAUUAAGAAAAACUUUUUAUAGAUUUAACAAAUACCAUUUCACUGACUUUAUAAAACCUGUUGAAACUAUGCUGAUCAGUAACAAAUUGCCAAUGAAAAUUCCUUGUUAAUAAUUUAAUUAUAGUCUUACGUUUGAAGGGUUUUAUCCUCACAUUUAUUGUGACCUCUUACCUAGACAGUCUUAGAUAAGUUUUCUAAGGGGAAGUUGGUUAAAUUUUCACUACUUUAUAGAUAAGGAUAAUUUAUCUAAUUUUUUUUUUUUUUUUUUGUAAGCCAGUAACAUAAACUGGAAUAUUAAAAGAUACAAGAUCACUUAGUUCCUCUAAUUCAGAAGAUUUUUUAUGGCUUUCCUUACAAAAUUGUCAAAGAUAUUGCUCCAUACAUUAAUACCGUACUGUAAUACUGGAAUGGCGAACAUACGAAGGUCAGUAUUUUAAGCCAAGUAUGAAUGGAGAUGUGUGUUAUAGAAACUUUAAAUUACCUAGUUAAUAUUGCCUUAUUAAAUUACACAUUUCCAAGUUGUCUGAAAAUAUGCAAAACAGUGAAAAUCUUCUGGAAAUCGGGAAGAACAUACCACCAAUGCUGGAAAUCGGGAAGAACAUACCACCAAUGUAAUAACAAAGUUGUCCCGAGUUUGUUUUUUAUUGCAAACACUAAAAAAAACUGUGUAUUAAAAUCACACACUUCUUUCUGUUA